AUGAACAAGGAAACGUCAGAGAUUAAAAAUGCUAAACAUCCUCCUUGGAAGGAUGUUGGCAUAUCAGAUCCACGAGCACGAUUGAAGUCUCUUUCUGACUAUGCUUCUACUGUGGAAAUGGAUCGUAACAUUCCACCACAAAGAUAUUACCGUUCUGGUGUAGAAAUGAUUAGAAUGGCAGAUAUGUGUAUGAAAGAUAAUAAUCUUGAAUAUGCAUAUUUUUUAUAUGUCAAAUUUAUAACAAUUUUUGUUGAAAAAAUAAGAAAUCAUCCACAAUUUGAUACAGUACCAUUAAAGGAUAAGGAACAUAAUCAACAAACAUUACGGAAAGUACUUCCCAAGGCUGAGGAGUUAAAGAAACAAUUAUUAGAACAAUAUCAAACAGAGUUAAAUAAAUAUAUGGAAGAUGUAAAAGAAAGAGAAAAAAUUGAAAAGGAACGACAAAAACGAGAAGAAUUAGAAAAGUUGAGGGAAGAAGAAGAAAAGAAGAACAAAUUAGCUGCACUAGCAGCUGUUAAAGCAGCAAAAGCUGCUUUAACUGUAACCAUUGAAGAUGACAAAUCUAAAAAAAUACCCACUAUAUUAUCAAAACCAAUAGUAACUCCAUCUAUUGAUAUAACUGCACAAACAUCAAAAGAAAAACCUAUUAUAGAUCGCUCAACAAAACCUUCUUUGCUUUGUGAUACUUUCACUUUAAGAGAUAUAAUACUGCCAACUAAAUUAAUGCAUAACUUUCUCAUGUUGGCUUUCACCAAUACCAUGAAUAAUAAAGAAACUUGUGGUAUACUAGCAGGGAAAUUAGAAAAAAAUAGAUUACUAGUUACUCAUUUAUUAAUUCCUGAACAAACUGGAUCUCCAGAUUCUUGUGUAACACAUAAUGAAGAAGAUAUAUUUGAUUAUCAAGAUCAACAUAAUUUGAUUACUCUUGGUUGGAUACAUACACAUCCUACACAGACUGCAUUUCUGUCUAGUGUAGAUCUUCAUACACAUUGUGCAUAUCAACUUAUGAUGGCUGAAGCAAUUGCAAUUGUUUGUGCUCCUAAAUAUGAUGAAACAGGAUUCUUCAUUUUAACUCCAGAAUAUGGAUUAGAAUUUAUUGCAAAUUGCAGAGAAACUGGAUUUCAUCCACAUCCAACUGAUCCACCACUAUAUACAAAAGCAAAACAUUGUAAAUUGGACGUAACAGCAGUUAUAGAAGUAGUGGAUUUAAGAAGAAAAUGACAUCUUUUAGAUAUGUAUACACAUAUUUUCACAUGUGUAUACUUUAAAAUGUGCAAUUAAUAUAAAACAAGUUAUAUGUAUAUUUAAUUAUCAAAUACGUUAUAUCAAGUAAAAAAAGUGAAAAAUUGCAAACACUUUAGCUUAAAUAGCAUAAAGAUUUAGCAGUUGCAAAGCUUUCAAUAUUUUUAUGAUAAAGUAUUUAAAGAAAUCUUUAAUAUAUUUAAAGUAAAUUAUGCAUUUAAAAUCGGUAGAAUGAAAUUAGUUAAUCGCAAUUAAUAUAAUGCAAUAUUUAAAUGAUAAAUUAUAGUAGAUUAAAAAGAAGAAUUUUUAUAUAAUUUAAGAGAUUUAAACAAUUAAUGUCUAGAAAUUAUUUUGACUGAAACUAAACAUUAUCAUUAAAUAAUAGUAUUAAAAUUUUCAUUUCAUGAGCAUUGAAAAUUUUCAACCUCUUGUAAUGAAAAUAAAAAAUUUGUUUACAUAUAUAAUUUAUAUGAAAAUAGAAUAUUUAUAAUAACGAGAUAUAAAUGUGCUUCUAUUACUUUUUCAUACUAUUUAUAUUUAUUGAUCAGGUAAUAUGUUACACUACAUGCGCCAGAAAAUAAAUGUACAACAAAAAUUUUUAUAAAUAUUAACGGUGCGCAAAAUCUGUGUAUAAGUUUACGUGCCUUUCAUGGAAAAAUAAUGGUGUUCAUAACCUCAUGCUAAUCAUAUGAAGUAUGUUCCGCGUUUAAUAAUUGUAGAUACUGUACGACAUUGUCAAAUAACAUUAAUUAUGAUCAAAUGAAUCAAUGGAAUCGUAUCAUUACGUAAGAUCGUAAUCGAAAAAUCAAUAAAUGCAUUAACAUACUGUACUAGUCAUAAUUUAAUAUAUGGGCUUAUUAUGAAAUAUAUUGAUACUUUGAAAUCAAUAUACCAAUUUUGUGUGAUGCUUCUUUGUAUGUAUUCUAUUAGAAUGCUGUAUUUAAAAACUGUACAGUUCUAAUAGAUAUUGUGUUAAAUGAUAUUGAUAUAAAAGGUUUGUACUAGUAGGUACCUGAGAUAAUUUUUGUGUACUUAAAGGUUAAAUUACAUAUUUACAUACUGUUUAUGAGAUUGUACUAUUUACUUUCUCAUAAAUAUACAAUAUUUUGUAUAUAAAUAAUUAUUCAUUCCUUACUAAAUGUAAUUAUUCAGUUUAUAAAUAUUUAAAUUGCCAAAUCGUGAUCAAACACGUGCUAUACAUUGAGGGACGUAAAUGCUAAUUAAAAGAAUUAAUUCUAAUUAUAGAAGAUAAUU